CUUCCUGCCGCCUAUUAUCUCUCACUUCCCUUCCCAAGUCAGACAGACAGAGAUCAUUCAAAAGCCCUAGAGAUUCUAUCUUCUCCUUCCCUCUCUCCGUCCGUACCCCAUUCAAACCUUCCAUCUCGACGAUUAAAUCAUCGAUUUCGAGCCCGUUCGAGUUUUUCCUCCAUAAAUUAGGGGAAGUCGUCAGUCCUGCUGAACCCAAUGGCUUCAAAAACCGUUGCUAAGGACAUCAUCACUCUCCGUGGCUCUGCUGCCAUCGUCAGUGAGUUCUUCGGUUAUGCUGCUAACAGUAUUCUGUACAAUCGCGGGGUUUAUUCGGAGGAGAGUUUCGUGAAGGUGAAGAAGUAUGGCCUCCCGAUGCUGCUAACACAGGACGAAGAUGUAAAAAAGUUUAUUGCCAACUUAAAUUCUCAGCUUUCGGAAUGGCUUGAAGCUGGAAAGCUGCAGAGGAUUGUUCUAGUGAUAAUGAGCAAGUCCUCGGGUGAGGUCCUGGAGAGAUGGAACUUCAGCAUCGAGACUGACGGCGAGGUCGUUGAGAAAGGAGUAUCGAAGGAAAAGAGCGACAAGGAAAUCAUGAGAGAGAUACAAGCAAUUAUGAGACAGAUAGCUUCCAGCAUUACCUACCUGCCGUGCCUCGAUGAAAAAUGUGUGUUCGAUGUGUUAGCGUAUACUGAUACAGAUGUUGCUGUGCCAUUUACAUGGAUCGAGAGUGAUCCUAAGCUGAUCGCCAAUCCACAAAUGGUUAAGCUGCAUUCUUUUGACACUAAGAUACACAGGGUCGAUACUCUUGUGUCUUACAAGAAUGAUGAAUGGGAUGAGCAGUAAGAGAGGAGAAGACCGACUUCUUCCCGAGUGUUUCGAGCGGAGACCGACCGUGAAUCUUUUAUUCACAUUUUGGGGAUAGAUCCAUUAGGAAAUAUGAUGAAACGGUAACUGUCAUUCACGAAGGAGAGUUUUCCAUCUGUUUGUUUUGUGGGUCUGUGGAAACAAUUGGGUUCUGUACGUUAUCUUUAUUAUGAUUUGACAUUGAGAAGCUGAAUGAAAGAAAACAUAAUACUUGCUGAAUACCUUAAAUAA